AUGGGGGAAAGAGUCACCAGGAUUAUGUACAUAUUUAUUACUAUUGCACUAGUAAAUGAGAUGUCAACAGUACAAGCAAGAGAUAACAAUAAGAGACGGUCCAAAGAAAAAGCAGGUGGUUUCCAAAAAAAUAUUUGCGACAUAACUGAUCGUGAUUCAAAAGUUCAUUGCUAUUGUGAGAACGCAAGAGAACCAAGGAAUGCUACGAAAGCAGAAUGCUGGGUAUUUAAUGGCGGAAUACCGUCUGAUGAUUAUAUCUGGCAAAGCUUCGCUUCACAACCAACUUUACAAACUUUGUCAUUUAACGUUCGAGUCGAUGGUGCACUAGGCUACGUGCCCACAAAGGCACUCCAGUACUUACAAAGACUCCGAUCCAUUAACAUUAAAUAUGGGAACAUCAUUGAUGUCAGAACUUUUGCAUUUGCGAAUUUAACUUACUUAAAAGAGGUAACUUUGUCGCAGAACCAGAUAGAAAUAAUACAACAAUACGCAUUUGCACAUUUACCUAACCUUACAAUGAUAAAUUUAGAAGACAAUAUGAUUGUGGAAAUAGGACUAGACUCAUUCUUUGAUUUGCCAAAGUUACAGAAAUUGACAUUCACAAAAAACAACAUAUCACGUAUAAAGGACGGUUCAUUUCAACAUACUUUUAAUUUACUGGAACUGGAUUUAAAUAAAAAUAAUAUACAGCACUUAAAUCGUCACACAUUCGAUGGACUAGCUAACCUGCGUAAGCUUGACCUCAGAAGGAAUCAUAUUUAUAACUUAACUGAGUUUACUUUCGCUGAAUUAUGGAAUUUGCAAGAAUUGCUGCUUGGAAAAAACGACUUAAAAUAUAUUUCCGAAAGGGCUUUUGAUGGACUAUCUCAACUUCGGAAACUAUCCCUUGAUGAUAAUAAACUUGCGGCAUUACCCUCUGGUUUAUUUGAAGGCGUAAGGGGUCUCAGCUCUCUCGAUUUGCGUUCUAACGAACUACGCGCCUUAACUUACGAUAACAUCAAGCCCAUAUUGGAUAACUUGAAGCCACCAUCAAGCAAUUUACUCUUAGAAGAAAACAGUUUCGUAUGUGACUGCAGACUGAAAUGGAUGCACACGCUCCGAGAUGAAACAAAAAGUCAGAGCACAAAGGAGUCACUAGAGAGUGUCACUUGCAAGAUUGACCCACCCAUCGUUAGUUCCGCUUACAACAACAUGGAUGAUACUGACAGUAAAUUAGAUUUUAACAAGGAAAUAUUACACGCUGGGAUAACAAUUGAAACCAUAGAUAAAAAUAACAUAACUGAUAAGAAAACUACAGCAGAAGAUAUAUCUAAAGAACACGUGAACGAUAUCAUUAUACCAUCAGCAAAGAAAGGAGUAAAAAGAACAGUGUUAAAAAUACCACCAGAAACUUUGCCCUGUCCUAUAGAAAAAAGGACAAUGACAGAAUUAAUCCCAUAUAUGAUAGAUCCAGUAAUACCAAUUCAAAAUGAAAUGAAGACAUUUAGAUUCCAAGAAAUGAACACAAGUUCAAGGGUCCAUUCUAUGGCAACCAUUGUAGCGUGGAGCAUUUGCAUCGCAUUUUCCUUUACAUAG